UCACACAAGACUGCUGUGGGUGAGGGGAACACAAGCACCUCGCAGGAGCACUGGCUGUCCACCAUUUUCCGUGUUCGCACACAUGGGUACUUUGAAUCCCUCAUUCUGCACCACCAACAUGGAGACAUCCGGCACAACUUUCCUACCCAUAUUUGGCCUUGGCUCAAUGGCACAGUCUGCGGGACUAGUAGAGAUUGCGGUCAGGCUGUGUUUGAACCAACGUAAACAAUUGUGUCCACAUGUUUGGGUGCCCAUCCUGAAACCUCUGCGACCUUGCAUCCGCUCUGCACUACCAAAACACGAGUCAUCUGUCAUCCUGAGCCAAGUCAGCUCAAGUUUCCUUGAGGAUUUGGAUUUUGAUGACGAUGACGUUGUGGCCCCAAUCAAGAACAAGCAUGUGGUUUUCGCUGACUCCAAGGGGCGCUCUCUGGCAGAUGUUCGAGUCUUUUCCGACGAAGAAGACCAUUCCGACCUGGAGCCCCUGCCGUCCCUCCAGGGUCUUGUCAGUACGACAGAAGCCGGUUACAGCUGCACGGUCAGCACCUGCUGCCCAGGAACACAGCUCACGCUUGGCUUUCCACAGCCCUCAGCUAAUUUCCAAGCCUUUCGUGCCAAGCUUGCUGAGAACAUGGUCAUCUUGGAGAACUGCACGGUCACUGAGCAAGCCCUCAGAGGCACCGUCCGAGUCCAAAACAUCAGCUUCCAAAAAGAUGUGUGUGUGCGUAUCACCUUUGACUCCUGGCAGAGUUACAGAGAUGAGCCUUGCACGCACCUGCAGCAACGCUUUGGAGGGCCACAAACCGACAUCUUUGAGUUUGACAUAGACAUUCCAAAAGUGCUUGAUGCAAAGAGGAAGAUUGAAUUCUGCUUAAGAUAUUCACCAGGUGGGCAGAGUAAUACUUUUUGGGACAACAACAAUGGGCAGAACUACGCAAUUGAUGUGUGUGUGAGCUCACAUCUUUGUCACAGAUAGGGAGGUUGAAAAAUGUAAUUGCAGCUAAUUUUAUGUAAAGCAGAAACCAUUUGAAAUGAUUCUUUUGUUUUAAUGAGUGUUGUGCUUCUCUCUGUCUUUGCUGUAUUAUAAUAAUAAAAGAACUCAUCGUUAGUUUUCACUGGACACCAGUCUUUUAUUUGUGUGUCGACACUACACACUUCAUUUUUUGUUUUAUUAAACUCAUUCAUCACUGUUGUAUAACGGAGAGUGUGGGAUUUCUUUUACUUUGGGCAUCUCUGGGAUUCACAAAUAGGUCACAGAUUAUCGUCAGGGACAAAUCCAGGCCCCGAAGCGGGAUACAGGCUAAUCUUAGCUCAGGCCUGUUGAAGUAAACUGAAGUAAACUCUGACUGAUGAUAACAGGGGACUUUACGAACCCAUUGUUCUUAUCACAUCUGUAAUUGG